ACAGUGAUGAGAAGUCACAUGCUUUUCUAAAAAGGUACUUUAGCAAGUACAUACCGCAUAUAAAGAUGGGUAUUAAUAAUGCUGACAAAUGAGUUGCCUGACAAUUAAAGUUAAAUGACCUCCUGUAUUCCGACUGGCUACAAUAGAUAGACAUACAUUUUUCACAUGCACCACUAGGCCAAAAUGAAUUAGUGAAAAACUCUGUGAUGAUUCUGAAUCAUUAACCAUACAGUUUAAUAAAAACACUUCAAAUGGACAGAGGCCAAUAAAUUAAACUUACAAAAUGACAGUUUUCUGUUAAACAACAUGCUGAUAAGAAGGUUAUUUAAUCGGCCUGUAUAAUAAAACUUGGUAAUGCUUAACAUUAACUUUACCUUCAUAAUGCAUUCAUUGAAUGUUCAUUAGCAGCAUGCAAGUAUAUCUGAAUAUCAUAACAUACCUGAAUAGCUUUGUUAUACAUCAAUAACAAACAUUACACAAUUAUGACUUCAAUGUCUUUUAUUUUAUUUUUUGUUAUUAGUGUAUAGUAAAGCUGUUUAGGUUAGGAUGUUAAGGUAUAUUUACUUGCUGUGAAUGCAUUAUGAAAGCGUACUGAAUGUUCUAUGAAUGGAUUAUAAAGCCAUUAUUAAGGUAAAGUUAAUGUAAGGGAUGACUUAAAACUUUAAACAUGGCCACAACAGUAUUAAUACUAAACUUUAAAAAUGAAAAAUUGCUGUUAACGUGCUGAUUGCAUGAAGAUUAUUAUUUAAUUUGUCUCUAUAGUAAAACUUUGACCAAAGCUGUAAAAGCCACAACAUUACUGACACUGUCCUAUAUGCAAACAUAUCUUUGAGUUCUGGGAAAUUGCAUUACGUCAUUCCACUACUUGCCUGACUGCAUGCCUGGGCAAAACCCAAACAAACCAGGAAAUAUCAUAGAAAAUACCAUGAAUGUCAGAGUUACUAUGAGCAUCACAUACAGCACACAUUCCUAAACUACAUACGUUCAUGAAACUUCAUGGAUGAGACACACAUAAAGUAUAUAAUGGAACAAAUGUUCAGUAUAGUGUAAUACUCAGUACUUCACAAUGAGAUCACUGAAAGCAGGUGCUUUUAAUCAGUGUCUAAUUAAUACAGUUAAUGAGGUACAUUUGGACCUGUAACAUUCAGGGGAGAUGAAGCUGACAUUGACUGGGCCUGGCUUGGGAGAGGAGUGACAUCUACAUUCUUAGACAUGAACUACGUGACUCACCCUUCAGAAUACAAUAUUUACAGUGCAACGUAAAAGUGAAAGCAGAAAAGGAGAAAAGGAGAACUACGAUAAUACCAGACAGAGGGAAAAGACCAGCAUGGGGAAAACUUACCAGGUCGUGGUAAAUGGAAUAAGAGGAGAGAAAAUAACAGUUGAUGUUGGGAAUUCAGAGGAUCAGAUGAAGAACAUGACUGUUUUAGAGCUAAAGAAGAAAAUUGCUCUGAAGCUGCCAGGGACAGCAGAGGAUGACCUGAGCAGCCUGAGGCUGAUUUUCACCGACAAACAGCUAGAAGAUUCCUCCCAGCUCUCCUCUUAUGGGAUCCAAGACAAGUCCGUCAUUCAGUUGGUGAUCCGGUUGCCUGGGGGUGGAUAUCUUCCCCAAUGAAGUACAGCAAAGAUUCCUACAGGGGGCACCACUAUGCACCUGAACAACACUGUCUAGUCUGUUUCCUAUCACUGUGGAACGAGGGAAUGAUUUCUGUUGGGGGGAAAAUGGACAAUAUUCUCCUGAAUGAUAACCUGGCAUGGAUUAACUACAUGGGCUUUUGGGUAAAUGCCCAGGGGCACCACUUCCAUGGGGGGGGGGGGCAUGCAGAAGAAGCACCCCCCCCCCAGUCCCAUUCACGGAUGUCUUUUAACAAGUUCAUGUGAUUUAAUGUCCAAUUUAUUUAAUAUGAUUGCAUAUUAAUCUGGCAAUGCUGUGCUCAUUGUAACAUUUUGUUAGAUUCAUUCCUGAAUUUCCUGAGCUACCAAUCAGCUCUGUUUUUGUCAUCAUGUGUGCUGUUGGCCAGGGGCACAUAAUAUUCUUUACCCAGCCUUGAUGAUAACUAUUCAUUUUUCUGCUAAAAGGCAUCUAAAUCAGAUACUGUAAAAUUAAAACCGUAUAUAACGACAAAAAAAUCCAGUCUAUUUUUGAUUA